GCCCAUAAUUAGGCCUGUGAAAAUAGAAGCCGUGGGUGGGUCCACUUUCAGAAGAAAUCGUGUCUUCAGGUUAAGCGGCUCACCACGGCCUGCGGCCCCGCCAGCCUCUCGGGUCAGCCCCUCCGGGCCGGCGACACGCUCACAACUCAUAACCCAGAUCCCGGCCAGAGCUAUACCUGUUGAGCGGACUGCUUUGUCAGGUGGUGAGCAGCCCGUCACUGGGGAAUCCAAGCACAGUUGACAUGGAGGAACAUUCAUACUCAGACCCAGCAGAGUUCCCAAAGUUUUCCAGAAGACGGCGGUGCUGUAGGCCCGGGGUGCAGCUGGCGCUGCUGGGGCUGGUGACUGUCAUGCUGUGGGCCGGGCUGCUGACCCUGCUCCUCUUCUGGCACAGGGACACUGUACAGAAUCUGAAACAGCUGGAGGUCGCCGCCGCCCAGAACGUCUCUCGGGUUUCCAAGGACUUGGAAAGACACAACGGUGACCAGAUGGCCCAGAAAUCCCAGGCUGCCCAGGUGUCACAGGACAUGAAGGAAAUCCAAGCUGAACAGAAGAGAAUGAAAGCUCAGGACUCUGAGCUCUCCCAGAACCUGGAUGCACUUCGUUCGGACCUGAACAACCUCAAGUCCCAGAGCUUGAACGAGAGAAGCACAGCCUUGCAUUCACUGGAGAGACUCCAGGAGGAGGUGGAGAAGCUGUGGAUGGAGCUACACGUGUCCAACGCCCGGACCCCAAGGGUGACUCCAGGAGAGACGCUGCCACCUGUUCUGUCUACCAUACCCGUGGUGCCAACCACAGUGCCAGCCACGGUGCCAACCACGGUGCCAGCCACAGUGUCCACCACGGUCCCAGCCACGGCACCAGCCACAGCACCAGCCACGGCGCCCGCCACGGUGCCCACCACAGCCGCCCCCCUGAGCCUCUCCUCCACCCCAGGCUCCGAGUGUAACACGUGCCCUGAGAAGUGGCUCAACUUCCAGAGGAAGUGCUACUACUUCGGGGAGGAGCCCAAGAAGUGGAUCCAGGCCCGGUUUGCCUGCAGCAAGCUGCAAGGGCGGCUGGCCAGCAUCCACAGCCAAGAGGAGCAGGACUUCCUGGCCAGGUAUGCCAACAAGAAGGGCACCUGGAUUGGCCUCCGGGACCUGGACAGAGAGGGGGAGUUUAUCUGGAUGGACGAGAACCCCCUGAACUAUAGCAACUGGCGGCCCGGGGAGCCCAACAACGGGGGCCAGGGCGAGGACUGCGUGAUGAUGCAGGGCUCGGGGCAGUGGAAUGACGCCUUCUGCGGCAGCUCGCUGGACGGCUGGGUGUGUGACCGGCUGGCCACGUGCUGACUGCCCACCGGCCGCCUCGGCACCCCGGGGUUCGCUGGGAUGUGCUCCGAGACACACACCCCAACGGCCCCCUGCCCGCCCUGCCAGGUGCACCGCCUCCGUCGCUCCCCAGGUACAGCCAGGCCCCCCUGCAGGGCUCUGAGGACCCUCCACCAUUUGGGGUUAAGGUCCCGGCAACACUUCCUUGCGCCCAAAUGGGAGAAGGGCUGUUGACACACCCCAGCUCCUGCCAAUCCCCAGAGGGCCCGUCCCUUGCUCCUCAGCCUAGCCCGGCUGGCUGUCACCGCGUCCCUGCCUUCAAGCGCUCGGAGUACCCACCUCAGAACUUUCCGGGGAGCAGUGGUGGAUGCCUCAGACUCCUGGGUCGGGCCCACCCACCUUCUGCUGGAGUCAGGAGUCGACCACACCCCCACCCCAGCCCCGGCCUCCCUAGAUGCAGCCUCGGGGUCCUACCCCCCAGCC